AUGCACCGAAAGUACGACAUUGGCGGAGGUGAGGGACCGACACCCGAGGAGAAGGAGAAGUUGCAGCAAUUAGAACAGGAAAGACUCGAUGCGCUCCGGGAGGCCGAGGAGAGACGACAGGAGAAGCACCGGAAGAUGGAGGAGGAAAGGGAGGGCAUGAGACAAGGCAUCAGAGAUAAGGUCCGCACCGGCACUCACGGAUACGGAAUCAAGAAAAGGGAGGAAAAGGAGGCGGAGCUCAAGAAACAACAGGAGGAGCGGAUGGGUCUCGCGGCCGGAGGUAUCAACCGAUCCAAGAAAACGCCCGAAGAGAUCGCUGCUGAACAGGCAGCUGCUGACCAGGAUGACUUCACUAAAUUAAAAAACUCAAUCGAAACACAAGUGAAUGAUAUAAAGGGUCAGAUCGAAGAGAAAUGUUCGAUACAAUAGAUCAACAAUAUAUUCAAUACUAUAUUAUAU